AUGGCAGCAGCUGGAAGAAGAAGAAGCGCGGCGAGCGUCCUGCUGGCUCUGCUCCUCGUCGCCCUCGCGGCGGCGCCGGCCGCGUCCCGGCCAGCCGCUGGGUACGGCGAGGAGACCGCGCCGGCUGCGGAAGAGAAGGCUGCCCCGGCGGCGUACACUGCCCCCGCGGCGGAAGAGAAGGCGGCACCGGCUGCGGAGGAGAAGGCGGCGCCCGCGGGGUACACCGCUGAGAAGGCGGCACCGGCGGCCGAGGAGAAGGCGGCCCCGGCUGCGGAGGAGAAGGCGGCGCCGGCUGGGUACACAGCAGAGAAGGCGGCCCCUGCGGCGGAAGAGAAGGCGGCGCCAGCCGCGGAGGAGAAGCCUGCGCCAGCUGGCUACACCGCUGAGCCUACGCCGGCGGCGGAAGAGAAGGCAGCCCCGGCUGCGGAGGAGAAGGCGGCUCCGGCGGGAUACACCGCGGAGAAGGCGGCACCGGCGGCGGAAGAGAAGCCUGCUCCAGCAGCCGAAGAGAAGUCCGCACCGGCUGGCUACACCGCAGAGCCCACGCCGGCAGCGGAAGAGAAGCCGAAGGAGGAGCCAAUAAGCCCAGAGCUCCACGCGUGCUGCCAGAAGUGCGAGGCGGACUACAAGCCCCAGGGGAAGGAAGCCGUGGUCGGCUGCAUCGAGAAGUGCAAGCUGGACAUCAAGGAGAAGGCCGCCGCCGGCGGCUACGCCAAGGACGCCGCCCCCCACGCGGCCAAGAUCACGGCGGCGGUGAUGCGGGGAGCGCUGCCGGAGAAGACGGUGGCGGCGGACGAGACGUCCAACUUCCACGCGGCGGAGGCGAAGAAGUACAUGAAGGACGCCGAGGCGGCGAGCUCCCCCGUGGACGUGGCGGUGGACAAGAAGGCGGCGUCGGAGAACAUCGCGUCCGCGGUCACCUACGCGCUGGCGGGAGCCGCCGCGGUGGCGCCGGCGACGGAGACGAAGGCGGCGGACGCGGCCACCGUCAGCGGCGACAUGGCCAUCCAGAAGGCCGCCACCGAGGCCGCCCCGGCGCUCGAGGCCGUCGCCCAGAAGGACGUCCCCGCCGCCCCCGCCGGAUACAAGCUGUGA